CACUCGCCACCACCACCCAUCUCUGCCUCUCCCCGCACAUCAGCAAUAAUAAAAACAAAGCAGCAGCAGCAGCAGUCCGAAGAAGAAAAUGUUAGGAACGUAAUUAGAAGGGCCUCCUCCUCCUCCUCCUCCUCCUCCUCCUCCUCAUCUUCUUCCACUCGUUGACUCGCAUCCAUCGGCCACCUCGAUCGGCCGCGUUCCGAGUGCGAGGUGUCAGGCAACGACCCCCCCCCCCACCGCGCUGUCACCUUGAGGAGGAAUCGGAGAUGGCUCCCCUUUUGGCCAUGACAACGCAUUCCGUUCCGUCGUCGCCUCUUUCUUCUGCUUCUCCUGUCUCGCUCUGAGCGUUUCAUUUGGACGCCUCUUCUUCCUGUUCUUGACUGGUCCUGUGAUCUUGGAGAUCGCCACUGCAUCCGCCUGGGUUCGAUUCAAGCAACGCCGGUGUGAAGUGGGAAUAGUAAUUCCGAGCUGAGCUUGGUACUUUCUUCUCCUGUUCUUCGUGGUUGGGUCCUAGAACAGUCUUCCUCUUAAUCUUCUGUGUUCGAUCCUUCCUGCCAUAAGCAUUUUGAGUUCUUCUCCUGUUCAUGCAAUCCAGAUUUUUGGAGAUUCCUUUUGCUUCAUCAGAUAAUAAUUAUAUCUUGUGGCUCUUGGGACGGUCUGCUUAAUCUUCUGUCUUCAGUCCUUCCUAUCAUAAGCUUUUGCAGUUUGUUCUCCUGUUCCUGCAAUUCAGGUUAGAAGAGCUCACAUAGUACCAGAGGCAGAGGCAGACAUGGGCACAAAGAUGAAGAAGGGUAUCUUAAAGCCCCUGAAAUAUUUUUCCCAAAUAUUUGACAAGGAGGAAGCUGACAUGCAGAUUGGGUUUCCAACUGAUGUUAAACAUGUGGCACACAUAGGAUGGGAUGGACCCAGUGUUAGUUCCCCAAGCUGGAUGAAGGAGUACCAUUCAGCACCACUCGGCUCUUCCUGUGGAGAAGAUGGCAGGGAAAGCUCCCCCCCAGAGUCAUGGGGCUCUCAAGAGUUUGCAAGCGGAGGGAUGGAAGACUCAUCAGUUCGACAAGCGGCGGGGCGCUCAAAGCCCAGCUCUUCUGCAGUCGAGCCAUCUCCCGACUCCCCCGACUUGCUCCCUGCGUCCACCAAACCCAAGCAUUCAAGACGGCACCAAUCGGAUGGAAGCAUGUCGGGCGACUCCGCCGAAGCGCCGCGGCGCAGCCGGAAGCCACGCAAGAAGGAAGCGGCCGGGCCGUCGGACUCACCGGGGCAAGACAUGCCAGCCAUCCCCAAGCAGUCACACCGGAAGAAAAACAAGGGCUCUUCGAGCACCGGGGGCUCGGUGAAGAGCUCCAAGUCGAAGGCCCCAACGUCGGCGCCGCCCGCAGGUGAGGAGAGCAACACCAAGCCGUCGUCAGAGGCGGCGGAGGAGGACUACAGGGUGCAGUGACCAAAGAAGCUGCUGCAUCGCUGUU